UUGUUUGCAUUUUAAGAAAUCAAUCCUGGAAGUAUUAUACGGUGGGAAUGUGGACGCUGCCAAUCAGAGCUCAGCUGACUUCCUGUUCUUUGCAAUAAAUACAACAACAUGAAAGAAGUCAUGGUGUCACUUCACGGAAUUUUCAUGCAAACGAAGCGUGUCACUUUGGAACGAACCAAAAGAAAACUAGUGGAUGAAAAAAAUGGACACAAUGGAAGUGGACGACGGCCCGUACUUAAGUAAGAACCUCACGAUGGAAGGACUCGUAACUCAAGUGAAUUUUCAAAGACAGAAGAAAUCGUGCAGACGUGCGACUUUGUGUCUCGGUUUGUUGUGUGCGAUCCUGCUGGCUGGGAACGUCGGACAAUUUCUCCACUAUGAGCUAUUGCCCUACUUGGCUUCCGAAGACCAGGCUAUCUCAGACCCUCUGACUCAGGAGAAUCUCCAGACCAAAAACAAAGUCAUUUCUGCCCUAACUACAGAGAAAAACCACCUUGAAACCAGUUUGAGUAACCUCACAAAGGACCAAAACCAGCUGAAGACCAGCUAUGAUUCUCUGGUGAAGAACCGAGAUGAACUCCUCAGCAGCAAGAAGGCUUUGACCACGGAAAGGGAUGAGUUGAAAGCCGAUGUCAAAGGGCUGCAAAGCCGACUAACCACGGAACACGAUGCGUUACAAACGCAGAUUAGCCAAUUGCAGGCCAGGUACGAUUCUCUCGUUAAGGAGAAAGACCUCCUUCAGACCAGUAAAACCACUUUGGCCGCCGAGAAAGAUGACCUAAGGUCCGGCUUUGACAACCUCAAAAACGAGAAAGACCGUUUACAACUUGAUUACUCUUCACUGAGAAAGACCAAAGACCAGUUACAGUCCAGUUACGACUCCCUCGUUAAGGAGAAAGACCUCCUUCAAACCAGUAAAACCACUUUGGCUGCUGAGAGAGAUGACUUCAAGUCCCGCUUCGACAACCUCAAAAACGAAAAAGACCGCUUACAACUUGAUUACUCUUCACUGAGAAAGACCAAAGACCAGUUACAGUCCAGUUACGACUCACUCGUUAAGGAGAAAGACCUCCUUCAAACCAGUAAAACCACUUUGACCGCCGAGAGAGAUGACCUCAGGUCCGGUUUCGACAACCUCAAAAACGAGAACGACCGCUUACAACGCGAUUACUCUUCACUGAGAAAGACCAAAGACCAGUUACAAGCGAGCUACGAUUCCCUGGUUCAGGAGAAGGAGAUCCUUCAAACCGGAAAAACCGCUGCCGCAGCUGAAAGAGAUGACUUCAAGUCCCGCUUCAACAAUCUCAAAAACGAGAACGACCGAUUACAACGUGAUUACUCUUCACUGAGAAAGACCAAAGACCAGUUACAGUCCAGUUACGACUCCCUCGUUAAGGAGAAAGACCUCCUCAAAACCAGUAAAACCACUUUGACCGCUGAGAGAGAUGACUUCAGGUCCCGCUUCAACAACGUCAAGAACGAGAGAGACCUGCUACAGAUCAACUACAACAUGUUAGAGUCCGACAAAAAGAGAAUGGAACGGAAUUGCACGGACCAGUUGAAGACCAGUGAACGGUUGUGUGAGCUCGUGAAGAAGUUGCAGCAAAGCCAAUACGCCCAACUGGAAGCCAACUACAACGCGAUGCGCCUCAAAAACGACAUGUUACAACGAAAUCAGAGCAGCCUGCUGACCGAACGGCAGGAGAUGCAGACCAGCAUCCAGAAGAUGACGUCCAAACUGAACGUCUUGGUUUGUCGGAGCGGAUGGAAGAAGUUUGGCACCAACUGCUACUACGUUUCUACAACAAAGAAGAAAUGGAAUGAAGGUAGACAAGACUGCAUCCGCAAUGGAGGAGACCUGGUUGUCCUAAACAGCAGGGAAGAACAGACAUUCGUAGGGAAUUUAGUGGGGAAAGGCCAGUUCUGGAUUGGAAUGACUGACAGUGCGAAGGAGGGGACCUGGAUGUGGGUGGACGGGACUCCUGUCACCAACGCGCACUGGCAAUCCGGGCAACCCAACAACCUGAACCUGCAGGACUGUGGUGAGAUCCUGGGAAAAGAAUUCACUGAUGCUGGACUCUUGAACGAUGAGGGCUGUUCUAUUGAGCAAGAAUGGAUUUGUGAGAUUUGAGUUUUUCUGGGAUUUUACUAGGAUUUUACUGGGAUUUUACUGGGAUUUUACUAGGAUUUUACUGGGAUUUUACUGGGAUUUUACUGGGAUUUUACUGGGAUUUUACUGGGAUUUUACUAGGAUUUUACUGGGAUUUUACUAGGAUUUUACUGGGAUUUUACUAGGAUUUUACUGGGUUUGGCUUCAGAACUAACCCAUCAUUCCGAAUGGAUGUUUGCUGAUCAUUUUCAUUUUGGCAGAAAAAUACUUUUUCAAAGCUAAUUUUCAAAGCUGUCUUGAUAUUUUUGUUAAAUUGAAAAUGUAAUAAAUUAUUUCUUGACCCCCCCCCCCCCCCCAUGAUUAAUCUAAUUUAACUUGAUUACAAGAUUAAAAAAGUAUGAGACAAUUAAUUAUGGAGCUAAUUAACCUCUAUAAAGGAGGGAUGAAGUGGCCCUCGCCGGAAAAAGUUUGGACACCCCUGGUCUAAUCCUUAUGUCUACUAUAAUGGUGACUAUAGGGGUGUUAUUUCAUGUCAAGAGGGCUCUAAUGUUAAAAACCAUACUUAGAAGGACGUAAAAAGUUUUUUAUGUCUUACUUACUCUGAUUAUGUCUCCAAUAUUGGGUGGGUAGUAGGAGUGUAAAUGUGACUAUAGGGGUGUUAUUUCAUUUCUAGAAGACUCUAAUGUUAAAAACUGUAUUUAGAAGGACGUAAAAAGUUUUUUUUAUGUCUUAUUUUCUCAUAUUAUGUCUCCAAUAUUGGGUAGUAGGAGUGUAAAGGUGACUAUAGGGGUGUUAUUUCAUGUCUGGAGGGCUCUAAUAUUAAAAAACCAUAUUUAAAAGCACGUAAAAAGGUUUUUUAUGUCUUUUUUUCUCCUAUUACGUCUCCAAUAUUGGGUAGCAGGAGUGUAAAUUUGAC